AGAAUUUCUUUGUAAUACAGACUAAACCUAUCCUCCUCCAGUUCAAAGCAAUUCCCCCUUGCCCUGUCACUACAUGCCCUUGUGAAAAGUCCCUCCCCAGCUCUCUUGUAGCUCCCUUUAGGUACUGGGAGGUGCUCGGAGGUCUCUCUGGAGCUUUUCCUUCUUACCACCUAGAAAACCUGACUGCAUUUCAGCUUCCUGUUUCCCUCCUCCCCAGCAGACUUCUGGCCAUGAGCCUCAUCCAGCCAGCUGCUGGGAUGUCAGGCAUCUCCUCCUCCAGGGACAAUCUGCUGAUUCACAACUUUUUGCAAACCUCAGUUUUCAUAGCCUAUUGCAAUGUUCUCACAAAGAACACCAACUGUGUAUGAGCCAGCCAGGGAGUGGCCAGGCAGCCCCAUUGUAAAAAGCAGGGACAGACACAGAAACUUUGGAGCUGCUGGAAGCCAAGGGAAGCAUUUCAAGGCACAUCUCUCUGUUUUCUCGGCAGCACUACUGGUAAAAGCCUUCCCAUAAAGCACCCGAAGUCCCAGCCUGUUGGCAAAGCUGCCAUAUUGAAGUUCAGCCCAAACUUCUCCUUUCCCCAUUCUUCAUGAGGAUGAGAGAGAAGGGAAUCUCAGCAUCAGCACUUCCCAUGGGAUGCAUUGAGCUUGACUUGCUCCUGAGAAACACCACCCAGACCCUCUCUGGGAUCUCUGCAUGCUGUGUGCAUCCUGCUGGGAAACAAAAAGUGCUGUCCUAGUGCCACAGAUUCUCCACAAAAUUUGGAAGUGCAUCCAAAACUGUCUUGCACGGGACAUGAGUGGUUACGUAUUUGGGGCAUGUCAGUGUAGAAACUGUAAUAUCAGUGUCUUAUGAAGUGAAAUUUAUGUGUGUGGUAAUUGCUCAGUUAAUUUUAUUGUAGUGGCUGGGCUACACGGCCAGUGACAAGCACUUAGGGAAUCAGCCUAAUUAUUAUGGAAAGCCUCCCCAUGUAGGAUGUGUUUUCUAAGAAAUGAAAACCUGUAUGUCUGUUCUGAUAAAAGUACAUUAUUCAGAACUGCUCUUCCCUGAGCAGCAACAUCAUGUGGGCAAAGUUAAGGGAAUAAGACAAUAAGCAUGCAAACAUUUUCUUAAAAAAAGAAAUAACUAAUCUUGGGAAAAGGAAAAAUAAAUUACUGUGUUCUGCAUUUGUAAAGUCUGUGGUUGUAAGGACAGGGCCCAGCUCCAGACCUCCCCCUUCAAGUUACCUCCCACUUGUAUGUUUUUUACUACUGGCUGCCAAAGUUAGUUUAGUUUCAUCUUUGCCAGAGCCUCUUUGUGCAGGGAGAGGAGGCAAGGCUGCUCACCAGAAGAGGGCCUGGGAAUGGCUGCCCCAACCGUAGUGACGAUCCAGCCCCAAUUUGGCGCGGCCAUGUCCUCUGUCUCGAGGUGCACGUGGCAGACAGGCCUGAUGGACUGCUGCUCCGACUGUGGCGUCUGCUGCUGCGGGAUGUUCUGCUUCCCCUGCCUGGCAUGCCAGGUGGCUGGGGACAUGAACGAGUGCUGCCUGUGUGGGACCAGCGUGGCCAUGAGGACCCUGUACCGCACCAGAUACAACAUCCCGGGGUCCAUUUGCUCUGACUACUGUGUCACCCUGUGGUGCACUGUUUGCUCUGUUUGCCAAAUGAAGAGAGACAUCAACCGCAGGAGGGAGCUUGGCAUAUUCUGAGGCUGCCAUCCUCGCUGCAUCCUUGGAGCUGCUGCAAGCAGGAGUCACCACUGCUCUGACUGUUGGGAAAUGCACCAUGUGGAGCUUGCCUUGACUGCAUUUGAUUUUCCCUACUUAACUGCAGAAAUAAAGUUUUGAGUUUGUCUUCCUA